UAGAAAGCGUUUCUUUCGAAAAAAAGUCACAAGAAGACAACUCAUUGUCAAUUCUCGUAAAAAACAACAUGCCACCACCAUCAUCACAUUCAAACAUUUUUCAUUCGACGUUCAAGCACACCGUUAAAGAAACAAUGGCAAAUGCCAAGAAGACCAUGAUCGCAAAAAUCCUGUCGAGUCGUAACAAAUGGGCGAUUUGCGAUCGAACGCUCUACCCAAUUUACUAUCUUCUGCUCAUUCUUGGUCUAAAUCAAUCAAUCCGCCCGAACAAUUCUCUGCUGUUCCGUAUUUACAGCUGGUUGGUCUUUUGUCUCCUACUCUUCACGACUCUCCGGAAAUUCAAUCAAGUUGGCGUGCGCCCGAACGGAACCCGCGAAAACCUUCAGGAGUUCUUUGCAAACCCGAGAUCUAUGAUCACUCUUUGCAAUGCAUUGAUAAUGUUGAGCGGAUUGCUGGCUUCAUUGCAACUAUACACGCUUGGGGCAAAACGUUUGAAACCGUUGAAGAUUUUGUGCCAGUUUUCGUUGAAUGUUCGUACCAAACAAGCCGAGCGUCGUCAAUUUAUGAUCAACACUUUUUUGGCUGUUUUCAGUGGACUUUUGGCUCUUACCAUGGCGGCCACCUACGCCAUGUCAAAAUGGGGAUACAUCUUGUACAUUGUUGGAACUCCAAACUUGGACACUGAAACCAUUUUCUGUGUUCUUCUGGAUUCUUAUGCGCUCUUCGUCUCCCGUGCCGCAAUUUCCGCCUUGGCAAUCUUGUUCUACCAACACUGUUCCGUCAUCCGUCGUUCGAUCAAGCAUCUGAUCAAUGAAAUGGUACCUGCCGAGCAAGAUGAGUGCCCGCUUCCUGAAUCGUCGUUACAAAAAAUUCACGAUUGUCAAAUCAGUUAUCAAAGAAUUUUUAACGGAAAAGCUGUAAUUGAAGAGUACUACUCGUUUGUUUUGUUCUACUCAUAUGGUGUUUGCAUUCCAAUUUUCUGUUUCUUGAUGUUUGUCGGAAUGAGUGCCCAGUCGAUUUGCUGGUCCGAAGUUGUUUCCAUUGUGAUUUGGAUUGUCAAUGCCAUUCUUGUCCUCUUGCUGUUCAGCUUACCAGCAUUCAUGAUCAAUGAAGAUGGAGAUCGUCUUGUUGCUUCGUCCUUCCGAAUGUAUCACGAAACUUUCCAUGAGGAAAGAGAUUUGACCGUUUUGUCUCAAAUGACAUUCUUCACCUUCCAAAUUCACUCGACCAAACUGACAUUAUCCGCUUGCAACUACUUCUACAUGGAUCGCUCCAUUCUUCUCUCGCUCUUCUCGGCAAUCCUCACCUACUUCCUCAUCCUCUGGGAAUUUGAUAUCAAGAACAACCAGAGUCUCCAGAAUAUCGCAAACCACACGAUUCACACAUAAAAGCAGUGACAGCUGAAGAUAAAAUGGUUGUAAACAAACAAACAAAGUGCGCGAAAAUAACAGUUUAUUGGACAUAAAACGUCCCAUAUUGUCUCAUCUUCUUUUCCUGAGAAUGUUGCUUCUGCUUAAAUAAAUAUUUGCAACUGUUAAAU